CUGCUUAGUCGUAGAUAUAAAUAACUCCCGACAACGGCAUCUUGUACUUUUCCCUCCUCAUACCGGCAAGGACCAGCAAGCCUCGCUGCUGUCCAUUUCAACAAAUCCCCUUAAAACAAAUUCGGCUCCACAUUUCGGAAACAUGUCUAAGGGACCAGCAGUAGGUAUUGACCUUGGGACCACCUACUCCUGUGUUGGUGUGUUCCAGCAUGGCAAAGUGGAAAUCAUUGCCAAUGACCAGGGCAACCGGACCACACCCAGCUAUGUGGCCUUCACAGAUUCAGAGAGGCUGAUUGGCGAUGCUGCCAAGAAUCAGGUUGCCAUGAACCCCACAAACACCGUUUUUGAUGCUAAACGAUUGAUUGGUCGCAGGUUUGAUGAUGCCGUUGUGCAGUCAGAUAUGAAGCACUGGCCAUUUAAUGUCAUCAAUGACAACACUCGCCCCAAGGUCCAAGUAGAAUACAAGGGCGAGUCAAAAUCUUUCUACCCAGAGGAAGUCUCAUCUAUGGUGUUGACAAAGAUGAAGGAGAUUGCUGAAGCCUACCUCGGAAAAACGGUCAACAAUGCCGUGGUUACUGUGCCCGCUUACUUCAACGAUUCCCAGAGGCAGGCCACAAAGGAUGCUGGGACAAUUUCUGGCCUCAAUGUCCUGCGUAUAAUCAAUGAACCAACUGCUGCUGCUAUUGCCUAUGGACUGGACAAGAAGGUUGGCGCUGAAAGGAACGUCCUAAUCUUUGACCUUGGUGGUGGCACCUUUGAUGUGUCCAUCUUGACCAUUGAAGAUGGUAUCUUUGAGGUAAAGUCCACUGCCGGAGAUACACAUCUUGGUGGGGAAGAUUUUGACAACCGCAUGGUCAACCACUUCAUUGCUGAGUUCAAGCGCAAAUACAAGAAGGACAUCAGCGACAACAAGAGAGCAGUCCGUCGGCUGCGCACAGCAUGCGAGCGGGCAAAGCGCACCUUGUCUUCCAGCACUCAGGCCAGUAUUGAAAUUGACUCUUUGUAUGAGGGAGUCGAUUUCUACACCUCCAUCACCAGGGCUCGUUUUGAGGAGCUCAACGCCGACCUCUUCCGUGGCACCUUGGAUCCCGUGGAAAAGUCACUCCGGGAUGCCAAGAUGGACAAGGGGCAGAUUCAUGACAUUGUGUUAGUCGGUGGCUCAACCCGUAUCCCGAAGAUCCAGAAGCUUCUCCAGGAUUUCUUCAAUGGGAAGGAGCUUAACAAAAGCAUUAAUCCAGAUGAAGCUGUGGCUUAUGGGGCUGCUGUCCAAGCUGCCAUCCUCUCUGGCGACAAGUCUGAAAAUGUCCAGGACCUGCUACUUCUAGAUGUCACCCCUCUGUCCCUUGGUAUUGAGACUGCUGGAGGUGUCAUGACUGUGCUGAUCAAACGUAACACCACCAUUCCCACAAAACAGACUCAGACCUUCACCACCUACUCUGACAACCAGCCUGGUGUGCUCAUCCAAGUCUACGAGGGUGAGCGUGCUAUGACGAGGGACAACAAUCUGCUGGGCAAAUUUGAGCUGACCGGCAUCCCUCCAGCGCCCCGUGGUGUUCCCCAGAUUGAGGUGACUUUUGACAUUGAUGCUAAUGGCAUCAUGAAUGUUUCUGCUGUAGACAAGAGCACUGGCAAGGAGAACAAGAUCACCAUCACCAAUGACAAAGGUCGCCUGAGCAAGGAGGACAUUGAACGCAUGGUCCAGGAAGCAGAGAAGUACAAGGCUGAAGAUGACGUUCAACGUGACAAGGUGUCUUCUAAGAAUGCCCUGGAGUCUUAUGCCUUCAACAUGAAGUCCACUGUGGAAGAUGAAAAGCUUGCUGGCAAGAUUAGUGACGAUGACAAAACAAAGAUUUUGGAAAAGUGCAAGGAGGUCAUCAGCUGGUUGGACAAAAACCAGACUGCCGAGAGGGAUGAGUAUGAGCAUCAACAGAAGGAGCUGGAGAAGGUCUGUAACCCAAUCAUAACCAAGCUAUACCAGAGUGCCGGUGGUAUGCCAGAAGGCAUGGCUGGUGGCUUCCCUGGUGCUGGUGGUGCUGCACCAGGCAGCGGUGGAUCUUCUGGACCAACAAUCGAAGAGGUCGACUAAGAGUGGCUCACUUUAACCCGCUACUCCAGGAUGUCUCCAAGAAAGUAACCCUCUUAUAGCAGAAGUUCCAACGAGCUAUAGAGUGUAUUAAAAUGAAUAAAAGCUGGGUUCAGGAUCACACUUAUUGCAUGGUUUGCAACAACUUGUAGUUGGCGCUGUUGGUUCACAUGUGUGGGAAAUUGUUUUGUCACUGCCUUGACAAUAAAAAAAUAAAUCUUAGCCCUCC